GGGCGUUGGAAGUGGCGUAGGGCGUUAUCGGUCACCAGGCUCCUGGAAGGACAGGAAAAUGGCGGCUUUAGGGUCCCCGUCGAGCACUUUGCGAGGCCUUCUGCGGGAGUUGCGCUAUUUGAGCGCGGCCACCGGCCGACCCUAUCGUGACACCGCGGCCUAUCGAUACCUGGUGAAGGCUUUCCGUGCACAUCGGGUCACUAGUGAAAAGUUGUGCAGAGCCCAACAUGAACUUCAUUUCCAAGCUGCCACCUAUCUCUGCCUCCUGCGAAGCAUCCGGGAACAUGUGGCCCUUCAUCAGGAAUUUCAUGGCCUGGGUGAGCGUUCAGUGGAAGAGUCUGCAGGCUUGGUGGGUCUCAAGUUGCCCCGUCAGCCUGGAGGGAAGGGCUGGGAGCCAUGAAAAUGGAGAGUCCUUGGAUGCUGCCUUCAUACAAGAAUUUAAUCGUUUCUGUCAAUAUAUGUAUUUAUUAAAUUUUUUUUAAAGUUUAGGGGUUUUCUUUGUAAUUUUGUUGACUGGAUGGUUCUUAGAGGAAUAAACUGGAGAACAUUUUAUCUUUA